UUAGAGCAAGCGAGACGCGACAUUUUGAUACGGAACUUUUCCGAGUAUUGAUUGCCAUGCCAGUUAGAAGUACAUAUUUAUUGCCUACGAUAGAAGUAUAACACUUGAUAUAUACUAGUUAACAUGUAUUUUUGCCAGACUGAUUGUACCUGUGUUUAGUUAGAUGCAUACGUAGGCAGUUAUAUUUGUGAUUGAUUUUCAGUAAGUGCCCAGUUUCAUUGUGCAGACGCGUAGUGCGACUGAAAGUGGCGGCGAUGGCGAUGCCUGAGCAGUUUUCACUACGUUGGAACGAUUUCCACUCAAAUUUGUCCCAGUCAUUUCAAGCAUUACUGGAAGGUGAAGAUCUCGUAGAUGUGACGUUGGCGGCUGGUGGUCAAUACGUACAUGCUCACAAACUCAUUCUGUCUGUUUGUAGCCCAUACUUCAAGGAGCUGUUUAAGAUGAACCCCUGUGAACACCCCAUAGUAAUCCUCAAAGAUGUAGCUCAUCAUGAACUAAGGCAGCUUCUGCAAUUCAUGUAUCGUGGUGAAGUACAUGUUCGACAGCAAGAGUUAUCUGGCUUCUUACACACCGCUGAGCUAUUGCAAGUCAAAGGGCUUACUGGUGGUAGGGAGAAAAGCGAGUCACCUCCACCGGUAGCAGAAGAAGAUUCAUCUAGUACACAACCAUCAGUACCUGAACCAGUAAGUGACAGUCUGCCAGAAUGGGUUCCACCAGGAGAAGAGAUAACUGCUGAAGCCGCAUUGGAGACAGUUGGACCAGUAGUGCCAAAGGAAGAGGCAGCACGAAGUCCAUUGAAGCGACUAUUAAAAAACACAACAAACAAGAACAGCUUUAACAUUAAUAAGAAGAAACCUCGGCCAGUAAAUGACAUCCCCGCGCAUGCUGAAAAUACAGAAUAUGCUUCAGAUGGUGAACCCAUGAUCGACUUUGACAAUGACAUUUUUCACAACUUGGUGCUGCCAGAUUCAGGAAAAGAGGCCGGAUGGAACUGCAAAACGGGCGGGGUUAAAUGUCCAUCUUGCCACCGAUUUUUCGCGAAUCGAUACAACCUAAAAGUACACAUACGAGAUAAACACGACACCAGGGAAGGGACAUUACAAUGCGAUAUAUGUCAGAAGCGUAUGAGAAAUCCUUCCUGUCUCCGAGUUCACAUGUACCACCACCGUAAACAAGCAGCUUAUCUGGCCCAACUGAGUGCUCAAGGAGAUCAAAUGCGACACGUGGUUCAGAAUAUGGUCGAGAACAAAUGGCGUACUGAAGCAAAAGCUGAGUUCAGGGAAACCGAAAAUUUCCCGGCGUCAGCGCCGGCCGGGGAGGCAAACAACCUGCAGCCGGCUCAGCAGGACGUGAAAUUCGCCCCCGAUGCUAUCCUGCCGAAGACGGAGGCCAACCACGAGACAGUAUGAUUAGCAACCAACUCUACGAUCGAUUACGAUUUCGUAGACCCGCUAACCUUGGCUGACAUAUUCACUCAACAAUAUGGCUGGAAUUCGCUCAUUUUCGGAUAUGUUGGUAAUUCCAAAUCCAAGAAGUAAAUACCAUUCGAUUAUUAUAUUUUUCGCUAAAUACAAUUUAUUACGCAUCAUAUCGUAUCGAUUUUCAUGAAUCGAUAUCGUUGUAUUUCCUUCAUAUCAUGUUGUUUUAAAAUUUUCGAUUAAUCGAAUUGUCUGUCAUAUCGAUUUAAAUUUUUACACGUUGAGUUUUUUUUAUAUGAUAACGAAUCAAAUGUCAUGUCGAUUUUAUUACGUCGAUGUGUUAAUAUCUGAAAUAACCUUUUAUAAGAAUUUAAUCGUAACUCGACUUUCAUAUUAAUAUUUAUAUAAUUAGCUAUGAGUAGCUAUAUAUAUAAAACAAUAUGCAUAAUCUUAUAACAUAAUAUUAAUCAUUUAGCGUAAGUUUUAUCUAUAUUUAGUCUUAUAUAUUCAUGCUGCGUACCAAUGUGUACUGUUGAGCUGAAUAUUGUAUAUUUUCUACAUUCCACCACAUAAGUUCCAAAGACUGAAACAUAAAAUUGCACAUAGCGAACCUUGCAACGGUUAUAUUGUAAUGAUAUAUUUACAGGGUGUGUUUCGUGACGUAUUUAGUUUUUAGCUCGUCAUAAGGCGCUCAUGGUAUAACAUUUUUUCGAUAAGUGUACCAUUUAUUGAAUAUAUAUUAUAAUAUAUACAUACAUAAAUAUAUACACAUCCUGUAAAGUGUAAUAGUUUAUAAGUUACGGUUUAUUUGCCGCCUCGAUCGAAGUAGUUGUCUCAGUCAGCUGCAAUUAAUAGUUUAGCUAGAAUCUCGACACAUCCGUGAUCUGAAAAUAGACGAAUUAGUUUUUUUUUAUUCGAGUUCUUUAAAUCGUAUUUCUUUGUAGACGCUUAUAGCGUACUUGCUUGGGGUUACAAUUUUUUUUUUUUUUACAUAUAAUUAAACCAGUUUUUAGUCACGGAAAAAAUAAUUUAGCUUUUUUUAUCUGUGUUGUGAUACAUUGUUGGCUGCAAGUACAAGUUUGGUUUAAAUAGGCAGCUUGUUCGGUCAGGACUAGCUAUAUAAAUAAUGUUGCCAUUCCAAUUGAAAUGUACAAAAAUAUUUUUAUAUAAUUUUUUUUUUGUUUAUGUAACACUUGUCACGAUUUACGAGAACAAGAUUUUAAAUAACCUUACAGUACAAAAUACCUUAUUGUGUAUAUUAUUCAUUUAUAAAAUAUAUGCUUUACUUAGUAAUUGUAAGAUUUUAUUUUAGGGUCACAUAUUUUCGAGAGAAGAUAACUUUUUUUUUUCUAAAUGGACCAUAAUUAUUUUAGUCUGACAAAGAUGUAUAAUUCUUUUUUUUUAUUUUAUUUUGUAAUACAAGGGUUCUAGGUAUAUUUAAGUGGAUUUUUGUAUGUACCUCAUGUUCGAAAUGACUGUUUAGUUUUGUAAUUUUUUCACCAUUAUCUGGUGUUUUACAGAUGUGACGAGAUUUUAAUGACAAUAUUACAAUUAUAAUUAUAAUAUUCCGAUUCAUCGUGUGAUUUAAAUAUGCUCUCGUUGUAGUAGAAAGAUAUGAUUUUUCUAUAAAUUUAUAGGAUGUAGAGAAAUAUCCAGGCGUGUAUUUACCAGCGUUCAAUGAAGCUUUAAUUUUAGCGAUUCGUCCCAACGUUUUUAAAAUCGAAAAUCGGAACUUAUUGUAGUCAUUAGCUCUCUUCGAUUAAUCGAUAUUUUCGAUGCGAAUAUUCGGUUAGUUGACUGAAACGCGUCGUAAUUAGUUGUGUGUUGGUUUACGUUGAUUAGAUUUACUUUUAGAUGAAAACUUGCGUUAUGCCGUCCCUUAUGUAAUCUCGGUUCCAAUUACGAUAAAACUUCAAUUAUAAAGCUCAAUAUUUUCAUAUCUUAUAAAAUGCCGCCUCUCAUAGUUGUCUAUGAUAUUGUUUUAUAAACCACACUUACGGAGAGCUCAAUGUGAAAUGUUGUGACUGUGUGUGUAGUACCUCUUUUUAGAAUAGGAUUUAUUUGUAUAAUUGUAGUAUAACAAAACGUAAGUGUCUGUUCUACCGCGUUUAUAUCGCAGCGGUUAAUAGGUCUAGUGUUGAUAUAUGAAAAAUUAAAAUUUAUGAAUGUAUUAGACGACAUAAAUUUAAUUUUGAACAAAAAAAAAAAUUGAAAUUAUAUUAUCGUGGUUUGGGUAUUUCUAACCAUUAAUAUUAAGGGGUUAUAAAACUAACAUGUCUUUUCCCUCGUAGGAUUUCUAUCUUUACAUUCCAUUAGUCGUAAGUCUGUAUAAUCAACCUUAUGAGGUGUAAGUAUUUUAUAACAUAUUAGUAUGGAUAUUUAUAUAAGUACUCCUAGAGUAAGUCACUUUAAUUCUAUAUUUUUUAUCGAAGGAGAUUAUUUUUGUUUAUGACCAUUGAAUAAGGAACAUUCCAUACUUUGGUAGCUGUAUUAUUAUUUUAGAGUAUAUAGGAAUAUUUUUUACCAAAUUUUUUAUAUACCAAUGCUCUUAUGUUAUGUGACCAAGGGUGCAGCUAUCAAACCCUCCGUACGAAGUCUUCGCGAGUUACUUUAGAGCCGAUCGCGUCUUUUGUUUAGUUAAUUUUAGGUCUUUUUUUUGUAUCGUUUAAAUGAAUACUCAACAAUACAUAUAUCCAAGUUAGUUUUUCUAAUAUCAAUUAUGUACAAUGUGUCUCGUGUUUAUAAAAUUUCUAUUGAAUGUUGCUAUCAAAUUUAACGAGAAAUAACUUUAGGAAUCAAUUAUUUUUUGUAGGUGACACAUUCUUCACACUUACUAGUCAUAACAUCGCUCAAAUUAAAUAAAAAAAAAAACUGAAUUGCACUCGAUGAAUGACGUUCACAAUUUCUUACGAGAUAGGUAAUAUUUUUUUUACGUUUCAUAUUUGUUUUUGAUUGAUACAUUUAAAGUACAUACGAAAUAAUGAUAAGUGCUCAAAAUAUUUAUAUCUAUUUAAAUUAAUAUUUCCAUGACAAUAUAGAUAUUAUGUAUUAGUGUAUAAGUAAUGAGGUAUAUUCGUAAUUUUCGACGUGUUAAUAUAAAAUAAUUCCACGUUCAAGGAUUGUACUCUCCGGCGUCGAGGCCGAUGACGUUUUUAACAAUAAUAAUAAUAAUAUUCUUAACGAGUUGCGAAUGUGCUUCAUGAUAUGUGUUUUAUUCGUAUAAAGUUAAUUUAAAUUUCCGUCAAUUUGUCGUCUCUCGCCAUAUAAUACGUAAUAAGUGUGUAGUUCUAUAUUUAUCAUGUAUUUCUAACAUUCUCAAAUAGUAUUAAGACUACAUCAAACUGUGUUUAGUCCUUUCGUUUUAUCAAUACCAGGGUAACGGUUAAAAAGGAGCUUUUAACGAAAUUAUAAUACUUAUCGAAACAUUUUUGUAGUGUUAAAAGCGAAUAAUGCCAUUUUGGAAUCUAAUUUUGAAAAGGCAAAACACAUGAGCUCAGGCGAAUCAUUAUGUAUCUAUCCUGAAGACUUAAUGAAUAAUAAUUGAAUUUUUAAACAAGUUGCAAUAUUCCAUUAGUUUUUAAUUUUUAUAUAGAUUUAAGAUUUAGAUCAGAAUAAGUAUAAAAUAGUUCAGCAGUACUUAAAAUUUGCAUUUGUUUUUUCGUUCUUGUACUGUAUUAAAACCAUAGAUAACCCAAAACUUACUCAUCUUGAAGUGACAAAGGCUCCCGUUCUCUCAGAAUAACCGAGUGAUAUUUAUAAUCUCAAAAUAAUGACUUGAUAAUAUAUUAAUAUCUCUCACAGAUUCCUUAUGGUUUUUAAUUGUAUUAUGAAAUGGAGUAUUGCAUCUUCUUUUCUAAUUGACGAAGAAAUUUUUUAAUUUGCCAGUAUUUGUAAAGAUCUGGGCUUUAACGAGGUGCAGUGAUAAAUUUCGUCCCUUUAAGAGAUGGAAUCUCGUAAUGUUAAAGGCUGCUUCUGUGUCAAAUGUGAUAACGUUGGCGUAUAUUGAUGAAAGAAUGUAGGAAGUUUUUGAGGUUUUAUAAAUUUUAUAGGAUACGAUGAAAAAGUUGACUCGUUGCGGUUUUAAAAUUGUCCUGCCAGCAAUUUACGUGUUAGAGCGAGCAUCGGUCAGGUGUCUACUGAUUGCUUAAAUGUAUGAAUAUCAUAAUAUUAAUAUUCAGCUCUGACACUAGAGGGCGUUGGCUUAAGGAAGUGUAUCACGAGGCCAUAGGCCGGGAUAAAGAAGUCUGCAUACGUAAUAUAAAGACCGACGUCGUUUAACAAUAUCAUUUAAUGAAUUGUGAUUGUAAUGAAAAGGUAAAUUUUGUAGGUUGUGGUAUUUUAAAAAUUUAAAUAUACUCAAAGAAAUACCAUCAGGGAGUAUAAAACUCCAAUGUAAUAAAGCUCAAAGCUGAUAAAUCGAAUCGCGAAAAAUAAAAUGCGUCCCUGUGAAGGUGCGCUUGACUUUAUUUUCAUUUUUAGUAUGUAUUCUGUGACUCUGGCCUCAAAAAAGCUGCAUUUAUUCACAUUUCACUUUUUCUAAGUUGUAUUUACAAGCAUUUUAUACAUUAUUUUAUGUACUAUGAACAAAACUUUACAAUAUUUUGUUUUAUAAAAUUAAUCAACAUAGGCAAUCAUGUAAUUUUUCAGAUACGAUAAACUCGAAUUUUCUUUACGAACAAAUGCGAUGCUCUCUACUGUUGUGAUCGUAUAUAUAUAUUUUUUAUUAUUAUAAGAUUAUUGUAUAAAUUUUCUGUGAUGUUUGUCGAUCUGUAAACUGGUAUUAUUUAGUCUGCUAAUUCAAAUAAAAGAUCAAUUAAUGUGCGUUGAUGCGUCUCCCCAAUAUUUGUAGUAUAUUAAGAUCAAUAUAGUAUGAAGGUCAUUUUUCGUAUUCACUUAUAUAUUGUAAAUGUGGUUACUAAUGUCAAAGUAAAUAAAGAUACUGUCGGCGAUUUUAAUUAAUGUUUGAAUAUUAAGACUGGAAUUGUGGAUGACCUUAUAAUGAAACAAUUGAACCCAUCGAGAAAAGAGGAAGACUUAAAAAUAUCAGUGUGUAUUAUGCUUUAUUUGCGUACAGGAUCGACACUCACCUCUAUACAUUCCAACGUUUCGAUGUGUCUGUAUAUCUUGUUUUAUCGAAACUUUUAUACUCGUUUAUACUCAUUAUCAAUUUUUAAU